AUGUUCUCCAAGGUAGCUAUUCUAGUUCUCUUCGUAGCGACUGCCUCCGGUAGUGCCAUUCACGGUGACUACACCAGCUUCUCUUAUGGCGUAGCUGACCCCCACACUGGGGACGUUAAGAGCCAGCACGAGACACGUGUCGGAGACAAUGUAGUAGGCCAAUACUCCCUGCUGGACUCCGAUGGUCACCGCCGCACCGUCGACUACGCAGCUGACGCGCAUUCCGGUUUCAAUGCUGUAGUGCGAAGAGACCCCGCCGUGGUUGCCCACGCCACUCCUUUGGCAUACGGAGCUUAUGCUAGACCUCUUGCGUACACUGCUUAUACCACCCCUCUUGCUGUUAACACCCACAUCACUCCAGGUUCAUUGUCAUACUCCGCGCACAGCACCUCUGUUGCUCACAGCUCUCCCCUCACCUAUGCUGCCAUCGCUCCAGUAGCUUAUGGAGCAUAUGCUGCCGGUCCCUUAGCUCGUGGCAUCAUUGCUGCACCUCUUUCCCACGGCGCAUACGGAGCCCACGGCCAUGGUUACAACCGUUGGGUGUAA